AUUCCCACUCUGGGAAAUCCAGCGCAGACCGUGGAGGACAACAGAGGAGGACAUGUAACUUUUUUUCCUCUUCCCAUGCUGAAAACCUUUAUUUAUUUACAUUUUUCCCUUCUUUUUUUCUUUCAUUUUUCUUUUUAAAGAAGGGGAGACAUUGAAAGCUGGAAAAGCAUCUGACGACGGAGAGGCGAUGGGAGGCGGACGAUGAGCGAGAGGAGAAAGUUUGGUGGAGAAUGCAGAGAGGAAGCGGAGCCAGGAAAAGGAGCUGAGGACUAUGUAGGAAUUCCUGACUGAAGUCAUGGGUUCGGAGGCAAUGGAGGACUGCGUGCAGGGGGCGCUCUCGUCGCUUUAUCCGCCGUUCGAGAGCACGGCGCCACCCCUCCUCUCUCAGGUCUUCUCGGUCCUGGAGUCAACCUAUCAACACGACAGCCUGCGCUACCUCCUGGACUAUUUCGUACCUGCCAAGCAUCUCCUGCACAAGCUCCAGCAGCAUGCCUGUUCUCAGUAUUUGGGAUGCUUGUUCCUUCACUCCGGCUGGCCCCUCUGCCUUGGAGAGAAAGUGGUUGUUCAGCUCUCCACCUUGGACUGGAGGCUCCUGCGCAGUAAUGACUUCUACCUUCAGGUGGUGCCCUUUUCUACUCGCUGCCCACGACUGGCCCUAAAAUGUCUGGCACCCGGGGGUCGCACCGUGCAAGAAAUCUUGGUGCCCGAGUCACAGCAUCCCCUGGUGUUUACCUCCGAGUGGCUCCACAGUAUCAACAAAGAACGGGGUCACAAGAGAGAAGUUGGAGGGGGACUCGACACCUGUCUGGUCAGUACAUGCGAUGGUGUGGUACGAGUGCCAUGGAAGGAAAUAGUCUACCCAAAAUUCCUCCAUGACCCUUCUGAGGAGCUUGGCCUGGGUUCCAACCGCCUUUCCAGUGAGGGGGGCAGCAGCCUCGGAGGGUGGGGUGGCUCCUCCUCAGGAGACAUGGACUCCUGGUCCUGGGAUGAUGAAGACGACGACAGUCUACCACCAAACUGCAUGGACUCUGACCCUGCCAUCAGACGGCGGCGCAGCGAAGACGGCCUUGGGCGGACUGCGAGGCAGCCUCAGAUGGAUGGGGAUUAUGUGGAGCUUUUGGAACCCAGAGGAGGACCUGAUGGAGGCGUUGACACCAAGCAGAGGUAUUUGGAGAUGCAUGGGAUUUGUAAGACCAGAACUUUGCCCUUAUGCAGGAGAGGUAAGGCCAUCAAACUUCGCAAAGGAAAAGCUUGGGGUUAUGCAAAACCUGAAAGAUCGGGAAGCUUUCGGGGUGCCUAUAGUACCAAAGAGAAGGAGGCAAAUCCAAAGGAUGACUUGCUACCGCCAAAGCCUCCAACAACGGUUUCAGGAUCUACCAGAGAAAGACAGUCUUACUCCUCCUCUGCUCAUGAUUCAGAUGAAGGAGAUAAAACAAGCAGAGACAAAAAUAGCUUGGAAAGCCGCAGCCCUUAUUUUGAUGUUCCAUUAAAAGAAAGGAGACCUGGUGUGGGCAAGGAAAGAGACAGCAACGGGUUCCCACAACCGUCCCGAGAUGGACACCAAAAUAAAGACUCCCAGAGAAGCGACAACUUAAUAGCAAACGAAAUCUACGACAUAAGCCAUAAAAGUGGCCAUGAUGUUGAGGGUCAAUCGGAUCAUGGCUCACAUUCAGACUCUGUGUUUGAGGAUGCAGAUAAACCACUGAGUGGAGACAGCGAGGCUGUUACGCCAACAUCGGACGCACCGGAGAGGCUAUUUACUGGAGUCUCUGAAAGCAAAGAUACAUCCAACGUUCAGUCUAAGACGAGGAACUCAUCGAAGCCAAAGACUCCAGAUGAAAGGGCCGAAAGGCAGACAGAGGACAGAGUGUGCCCCAGAGGAAAAGAAGUUAAAACUGCCGGAUUCAGAGCUCCACGGAGGAAACGGAAGGGAAAGGGCGCCAAAGGAAAGGCUAGGUCUGGUGGCAAAAACCAAAAAGGCACAAAACUACAGGGUAAAAGUCCUCUGCCAAGUCCCACAGCCCACUCUGCAACUACAAAGCUGCUAAUCCCAGAGGAAAAGAAGGCAGAGGAAACAGAAAAGAUUGACAAACCUGAUGGAGUGCCCUCAACUGACACUAAAGGGAAGGAAAACACAAGGAAAGGCAAUGGAACUGAGACAGAAGGUGGAUCGUUGCCUGUGUGCAAUGGUCAGUCAAGCACGUCUUCAUUAAACCACUUGACUGUGGAGGCUGGAUCACCGGAGACAUGUUCUGACCAGAUAAAUGGUGUUACCUCUAAAGAGCCGGCGCUUUUAAGGGAACUGGAUACAGAAUUACUUCAGUCAGGGAAGCUUCAGCUGACAGGUACAGUGGACAGAUUGGGGCGAGCUCUGGUUUUCACAGAUGCAGGCGCGUCUGAGGAGGGGGUCUGCUCGGAGGAGGUGGCGCGGGUUCUUUCCUGUUACCACUGGAUCACUCGGCCUGAAGCCAAAGAAAAGGGACUAACUGUGCUAAUAGACAGCAGAUGCUCCCAACCAUCCAGUCUUUGCCUUUCUGCUCUUAAACGGUUCCAGGUCUUGGUUCCUGGCGGUUUAGGAUCCGUGUUGGUCCUGGUGGAGGAGCAGCAGGAGUCCCUUUCCUUAGCUUUAGAUGGGACAGAGACCCACGUAGUGCGCGGUACAGGAGUCCUUCAGCAAUAUGUAGACAGUCAGCAGCUCCCUAAGCAGCUGGAUGGAGACUUCAGUCACAGUCACUCAGACUGGCUGGCAUUCAGACUGAGGUUGGAGAAACUGACGGAGCGUUGUGAGAGCGCCCUCUCUCUGCUCGGAGAAGCACUGCGGUGCCUGGAGAUGGAGGAGAUGCCCAGUGACAUCAAGGCUGUUCCUCAGAGCAUUGACAAACACAGGCAGCUCAUGGCGAGUGUACUGGCUGACCAACGCUUAACUGAACUGCAACAGAGGGGCGGAGCCUGGCUAGCAGGACUGACUACCUGUUCGUCCGGACUGGUGCAGAGGUCACCUGACUGCAGGGCUGCUCUCAAUGCCACUUCGCAGCUCUACGACGGCGUGGACGAUGCCCUCCACCGGCUCGUCCAGGUUUCCAACCGGCGAGGACGUGACCUGGAAGCACUGGGACGACUGGCGGGAAUGGUGGACAAACUGGAAAAGUGUGACAAGGAGAUUGAGCAAGUGCAGUCCCAGCUGGAGGAAUACAAGGACCCUCCUCUGUCUCUCAGCAGGCUGUCGCUGAAGCAGCAGAAGUUCAGAACGUUCAGAGAAACGGCCAACGAGCUGCACAGCGACACUCUGUCGGUGCUCAGCGAUCUGGAGGGCUGGUGCGAGCUGAACUGGGCCGGCCUCAGCGACAUCCAGAUCCGUCUACCCCCCGUGAGGGAGAAGCUGAGAGACAUGUCCCACUGUCUGUCCGACUGCUGGACCACCCUGGACAACACCCAGAGGCUGCUGUCCACGCUGACAGAGGCGACCCAGUGGUGCGACGCGGUCUCCUCCACCCCUUCCUCCCCCACCGCCUCCUCUUCCACCUGCCCGCUGGCGUCCCUUCCUCCAAUCCCCCCGUCUCGCUUCCAGGACGCACGGUCCUUAGCCAUGGAGCUGGGAGGCGGGGCCCUCCUGGACCUCUGGACCCAAACAGUGGAGCGCUACCAGCGGACCGUGGCGCAGGUCAAACCUCGUUUCCUCCACUCCGAGCGGACGCAGAGCCACGGCCAGGGGAAGGCCAAGACGCCGUCCGGCAGCACCUUCUGGGACCUGGUGGGGCCCGACGGGGAGGGCGACUGGGGGCUCGGAGGAGGGGACGGGGGCCUGCAGUCCUGGGGGUCCCUGGCGUCGCUGUUCAGGCCUCAGACCUGCUCCACGCUGAAGAUAGGAGAGGACAAAGGGAACCGGAGGGACGGGUCAGCGGGGAACGGAGGUGGAGCGGGAGGAGCCGGUGGAGGGAAGUUCCUGCAGAACCUCCUGAAUCCUGGGAAGAAAAGUCCCCCAGAGGCCCCGCUCCCUCCCAAACCUCCCAGGAAGCGCCACCCCAGCUUUGACCUCCAGGCUCUCCUGGCCCCCCGCAAAGGCACCGCCACCCCCAAGCCGGAGUCCCCCGUCGGCGGGGCGAGCCGCUCCUCGCCCAUGUCUUGGCUGGGGCGAAAGAACAUGGCGGACCCCGUCAUCGCCACCAGCAUGGCGGCGGCUAUUCCCGGGUGGGGCGUCGGAGUAGCAGGCGGAGGUGGUGUGCUGAUCCGAGGUGUAGAGGUCAGCAGCAAAGAAGUGGUGGAUCACACAGGGUCGCCGCGGCAACACGUCCUGCUCGGGAGGACGGAGAGGGACAUGGGGGCAGACAGGACCGGCUCAACUGCACAGAGUAAACUGUACCUGCUCUGGUGCAGGAUGCUGAGCUCAGAGCGGCAGUACGUCGCCGUCCUGAAGGGAGUUGAAGAGACGUACCUGCCCCUGCUGGAGCUCUCCGACACCCCGGCCUCCAUCAGGGGGAAGGGAGACACGCUCUUCCCCAACUGGGGCAGCCUCAGUACCUUUCACUCGCGGGACCUGCUCCCUGCCAUGGAGGGCGCUCUUGUGCAGAGUUUGUUGCAGCAGGACUGCUUCAGCAAAUAUCGGGAGGAAUUUCUCCAGUAUUCCCACUACAUCCGCUCUAAACCAGAAAUGGAUUCACCUCUGGUCGCACAGGCAGCUGACUUCUUUAAGUCCAAACUCCCCCAGGCGUCCCCCCUCUCCCCUCUGUCUUUCCCUUACUGCCUGCAGGCUCCCAUUCAGAGGCUGGAGCAGUACUGCGAGGCCCUGGAGGAGCUGGGGGGUUUAAAUCUGGCCUCAGACUCCGCCCUCUCCGUCCUGAGACACGCCCAGCGACACGGCGAGGACCUCAGGGCCAGUGACCUCAUCGUCGGCUGUCCGAUCUCAGUGGCAGAUCGUGGCGACCUGGUGAGGCAGGGUGAGCUCACCGUGUGCGGGGGACCUCGGAGGAAGCGAGCGGGUGUCAGGAAUGUCUUCCUCUACCAGCACGCCAUCAUCUUCACCAAGCAGAAGAGCCCGAGUCCGGGUCGCACCGCUUACAACUACAAGCACAGCAUUAAGAUGAGUGAAAUGGGUCUAACUCAGAAUGUCGGCGAUGAGGGAGUGAAGUUUGAAGUCUGGGUCCGACAGGCACCCAGGACCAGAGACUGUAUCACCCUUCAGGCCCAGAAUAGAGCAGGAAGGGAGUCCUGGGCUCAUGACAUAGCCCACCUGCUGUGGACGCACGCCAUAAACAAUACAGAGCUGUGUCUGAAGGAGUCGCUGUGCAUGGGAGUUUCCAGCAAGCUUCUGCUGGACGCUACAGGAACCCCGGGAUCAGAGCUGGACUCCAUCUGCAGUCUCAGCGACAGAGUCCACAGUAGCUGCUCAGACUCGUCCUCUGUGGGCAGCCAGAAGGAGGGGGGAUCCCCGGCGUCUGGGAGGGACCCCAGGUCAAGCUCCGGAUCAACAAGCUAUUCACAGAGUCAUUCUCCCUCUACAGCUGUGUGACUGUCAUCUGAACAAGAGAAGCAGGAACUGCACUCGGGACUCUUCGUGGCUUCCGUCAUCUCUGACUCGACUCGAAACUGGACUUCACCGACUUCCACCCGAAACUUCUCUCGCGCCCUUCAACCUCCUGCGAGAGUGCAGACGACGCCAGGGGGCGGAGGGAUCAGGCGCAGCUGCACCGCUCCGCAUCCAAACAGGAUCAAAAACUCGCCCGUCCCCCCUUCCUUGUUUUAAACCAUGACAAGCGCCGAUGGGGGGGGGGAGAAAGGGUGGCUCUCCGGCGCUCCGCCAUUUUGGGUCUGCCAGUCUCAGCUGCUGGCAGAGUCAUCGACACCGACGGCACUUCAAGCUUGCACAGUGCGGCCAUUGUCUGCCCCGCAACUCCCCACUAGGCCAAACCACUUGGUCUGAACCACUGACUGGCCGACUGUACACAUCACAUGCUCCGGCAUCUGGUAAUAAACAGGAAGUAAUAUGCCGGGUGUAAAUGUGGCGUGGGAUUGCAGAUUUAGGAUGUAUUAUGUACUUUAUCACCCUCAUAACGCUGAAUGGAGACCGUACGCUUUUUUUUGUCUUUUUAUCUGCCCUGUGUUUUAUUUGUAGGUGGGUGUGUGUGUGUGUGUCUCGGGUUAGGUGGGAUUGGAUCUAUGUAAAUGAGGUAACAAGCACACUCACACAGACACACACAAUGCCCCCCCCCCCCCCCCCCCC